GCUGCGGGCGGGCCCGCCUCCCCUCUCAGUGUCUCCGGGGGCCCAGCCGUUGGGACCUCGUAUACCCCGGGUCUCGUGUUCGGGGUGAUCCCGGUCUGCCCAGUUUCAGCUCCACCUUCUCACCUCCACCCAUCCUGGGACCUGACCCCUUUUGGAAGUUUAAAGUGAACUUACUGUAGGCUCUCAUGUGUGAAUAUAAGUAUAGUGCAUCAGUAGUGUAAAGACCUCACCAACUGGAAGUUACAGUUUUCACCAUCAGCUUACCUUAUCCCUUUUGGUCUGGUUCUUUUCCUCAAGGAGUGGAAACUUCUUUCCUUCAAGUUGCUUUAGUUGCAGAGUUAAGCAAAUGGCCAAUAGUGGGUUUGGUAAACAAUGCGCAAAAUGCUCCAACUGUUCAUCUACUUCUAAGCAAGAUGUACUGUAUGUAUGUGCCUGUAGAAGAAGGCUUUCUCCAAUCUCUGUGGUGGAAAUGUCCCAAGAAUCAAGCAUGGGCAGCUCAGAAUAUGAAGUUUCAGCAGACAGAAAAAAAGAAAACCAACCCAUCACAGAUAGUGCCUCUGGGAAAGUUAUGCCCUCGAAAACCUCCAAUGUGGAGAGAAAAACGUCUCAACAGCAAUGGAGUCGGGGAAACAUUACAGAAGGAAAAGUUCCUCACAUAAGGAUGGACAACGGAGCUGCUAUUCGGGAAAUCUAUACCUUUGGAAGAAUAUUGGGACAAGGGAGCUUUGGAAUGGUCUUUGAAGCUACAGACAAGGAAACAGAAACUAAGUGGGCAAUUAAAAAAGUGAACAAAGACAAGGCUGGAAGCUCUGCUGUGAAGCUACUUGAACGGGAGGUGAAUAUCCUGAAAAGUGUGAAACACAAACAUAUCAUACAUCUGGAACAAGUGUUUGAGACGCCUGAGAAAAUGUACCUGGUGAUGGAGCUUUGUGAGGAUGGAGAACUCAAAGAAAUUCUGGAUAGGAAAGGGCAUUUCUCAGAGAAUGAGACAAGGUGGAUCAUUCAAAGUCUCGCAUCAGCUAUAGCAUAUCUUCACAAUAAGGAUAUAGUACACAGAGAUCUAAAACUGGAAAACAUAAUGGUCAAAAGCAGCUUUACUGAUGAUAACAACGAAAUGAACUUAAAUAUAAAGGUGACUGAUUUUGGCUUAGCUGUGAAGAAGCAGGGUAGAAAUGAAGCCAUGCUGCAGACCACAUGUGGGACUCCUAUCUAUAUGGCCCCUGAAGUUAUCAAUGCCCACGACUAUAGCCAGCAGUGUGACAUUUGGAGCAUAGGUGUCAUAAUGUACAUUCUAUUAUGUGGAGAACCACCCUUUUUGGCAAGCUCAGAAGAGAAGCUAUUUGAGCUAAUAAGAAAGGGAGAACUACAUUUUGAAGAUCCAAUCUGGGAUUCCAUAAGUGAUUGCGCUAAAAGUGUGUUGAAACAACUUAUGAAAGUAGACCCUGCUCACAGAAUCACAGCUAAGGAACUUCUAGAUAACCAGUGGAUAACAGGCAACAUACUUUCUUCAGCAAGACCAACCAAUGUGUUAGAAAUGAUGAAACAAUGGAAAAAUAACCCAGAAAGUGAUGAGGAAGACACAACACAUCCAGAGAAAAACUGGUCCAUUCAAGAAAAGUUGAAAGGUUACCAACCCAGCAGACCCGGCGGAAAUGUCCAGAACACCAGUAGCACUUCAGAUGAAGAGGAGGAAAAACAGUCCACUGCUUAUGCAAAGAAAUUUCCUGUGACCAGUAAGAAGGAAAACGCGGACAACUCGGACUCGAAGCAUGCAAGUUCUGCAUGUAGCAGAAACUUUCCAGCCGGACUCAAGGGAGAACCAGAGAAAUCCCCCAUGACGUCAAGCCAAGGACCGGCAACCAAAUACAUUGCUAAAUCCAAUGCCGUGCCUAGAACCAAAAAGAAACUCUAAGGUUCCCUUCACAGGUGAAUAGUACAAACACAGAGCUGCUCUUUCUAGCGCUAAAGUGAGGAGACGGGAGGGGGAAAGGACAGGACUAUGUCGAGCUUUUAGUCUUUUAGCCCCGCUGAGCCCUGCCAUGUGUUUGCACCAGUUUAACCUCGGAGCCAGGGAUCUUCAAGGCAGCCUAGUGUUAAGAACAGCCACCAACAGGCUUGAUGGCGAGCUGUGGCUGCAGUUAACUCGAGGUUUUUGAGAGUUGUUUAGAGGAGCACGCGCCCUCAAAGCAAGGUGGUGGGCAUACUUGCUCAGUUUUACUUCACAUUCUUGUAUUUGGGCACAAUUAUUUGUAGGAGAAAAUGAGAGCCAAAUAUGGUGAUGGAGGUCCCAAAUAAUUAUGUGCGCUUUGCACUAGGAGAUUUUGUUAGGAAAUUACUAAUAAACUUGCCAUAGGCAUAACAGCAGAAGUGCUUCAGCCAUUCACAUGUGUUCUUGUGAUUUUAGGUUGGUGUAGAUUAUUUAAGACAACUUAUUUUAAAUGUAGAAGAAUAGGAGAUUUUUGUAACUGCUUGCCAUUAAGUUGCUGCUAAAUUCCCAAUAUAUUGAUUGAAUCAAUAAAAGACAGAUGUCACCCA